AUUUUAUCACAAUAAGCUAUUUUUUUAGAAGGACUAGCAGUAUGGUUGAAUAGAGCUUUGUGUUCAGAUUGUGGUAGGCCUACUUGGAAAAGUAAUUUUCUAAGUAGGCUUAUUUGUUAAAAGCGGGAGCGAAAAUAAUCUUCGGACUGAAUCAACUAAAUCGAGAACCCACUUUCACUCACUCACUGCCAUUGACGGCGAUAGGCGUCUAAUUUAUUUUGACUGAGAGAGUUGGCAGCGAUCGUGCCAGACAAGGAUUUAAAUUUACGUCCCCGUCUGUUAGCUGCUAUACGGUAAUAGCGUGCGUGGGACUCGGUGUGACGUCGGCACACACCUCUACCAGUCGGCUUGGAAGGGCACCAUCGGGGCUGGCUGCUUGCUCGGUAGCCAAGGACUGUGCGACCCAGCCGGUACACCGAAACCAGCACUCACGAAGCGACUUGCUCCUGUUCCGCGGACUUUCAAUUGACGAGAAGUGCUCUCUGCUCAUGUCGAACCGGCACUUCAACGUCAAGAAAACAGAUGUCAGGAUGAAUGACAAGAAAUGUUCGUGGGCGUCCUACAUGACAAAUUCCCCCACCGUGAUUGUGAUGAUUGGCCUUCCAGCCAGAGGGAAGACAUACAUGUCCAAGAAACUUACACGCUACCUCAACUGGAUUGGCGUCCCCACCAAAGUUUUCAACCUGGGCGUGUAUCGCCGAGAAGCCGUCCGAGCCUACAAGUCGUACGACUUCUUCCGGCAUGACAAUGAGGAGGCUAUGAAGAUCAGGAAGCAGUGUGCACUCGUGGCUUUGCAAGAUGUUAAGAUGUACCUGACAGACGAGGGCGGUCAGAUUGCUGUGUUCGACGCAACCAACACAACAAGAGAGCGGCGAGACCUCAUUCAAGGGUUUGUGAAGGAGAAUGGGUUCAAGGUGUUCUUUGUCGAGUCCGUGUGUGAUGACCCAGAAAUCAUUGCUGCCAAUAUCAUGGAAGUCAAGGUGUCCAGUCCGGACUACCCCGAAAGGCACCGAGAGAGGGUCAUGGAUGACUUCCUGAAACGGAUCGAGUGCUACAAGGUGACUUACCAACCGUUGGAUCCUGAUGAUUAUGACAAGGACCUCUCUUUCAUUAAAGUAAUGAACGUGGGCCGACGUUUUUUGGUGAACCGGGUGCAGGACUAUAUCCAGAGCAAGAUCGUGUACUACCUCAUGAACAUCCACGUGCACUCGCACUCCAUUUACCUGUGUCGACACGGCGAGAGCAACCACAACAUCGAAGGCCGCAUCGGGGGGGAUUCGGAACUCUCUGCCCGCGGGAAACAGUUCUCUCGUGCCCUUCGCAACUUUAUUGAAGAGCAUGAGCUGUCAGAUUUGAAGGUGUGGACGAGCCAGCUGAGACGUACCAUACAGACAGCUGAGGAGCUGGCAGUCCCUUACGAACAGUGGAAGAUACUCAAUGAAAUAGACGCGGGCGUAUGCGAGGAGAUGACCUAUGAGAUGAUCCAGAGGGCGUUUCCGGAGGAGUUUGCGUUGAGGGACCAGGACAAAUAUCACUACCGGUACCCAGGCGGGGAGUCGUACCAGGACCUGGUCCAGCGUCUGGAGCCAGCCAUCAUGGAGCUGGAAAGACAAGGAAACGUGCUGGUGGUCUGCCACCAAGCGGUCAUGCGCUGUCUGUUGGCCUACUUCUUGGACAAAAGUGCUGAAGAUCUGCCCUACAUGAAGUGUCCAUUGCACACUGUCCUCAAACUCACCCCAGUGGCGUAUGGUUGUAAAGUGGAAAUGUUUUAUCUCAAUGUGGAGGCAGUGAACACGCAUCGCGACCGACCACUUGGUCAAAUUCCCAAGGACUCUGCCCUUUUACUCCGGCGGAGUAGUUACACACCUUUGUGCAGUCACGACCAGGUCAAGCGUCCCCGACUGUACAGUGCAGGCAAUCAGCCCUGGCUGCCCCUCGCCCCUACGCCGCCGGCUUUGAUGCCCGAGGGACGGCAGAGCCAAGUCAGUGCCGCCGCCGGCCAUGUUGCUAACCAGUCACCUCCCAUCCUGAUUGUCACAUCUAGAACCGCACCCCAGCCAUGUUUUAACGUGCGCAUGUUUGUGAAAAUGUGCGUGUUUAGUUCACAGAACAAAGCUUGUGUAAUGCCCUAUUUGUGUUGGUCUACAUGCAUGUUUAUAAUUAGCAGGAUUAUAAAAUUGUUUGCAUUAAAGAUUGAAAAAAAAAAGCAUGUUCAUUUUUGUACAUCUGACUUGUCUCUACAUUUCUAUUGUUUUUUUUUUUGUGUGUGUGUCUUUUAAACCUCUCAGCCUCGAUCAGGAAACGGCUGUCUGUGAGUAUUUUGAAUGAUGUGUAGCCAACCCUGUUUUUUCUCUUCUUAUUUAUCCCUUUAUAAGCAUCUCAUUACAAGCAUACAUCUGCCACACUUACUGUCACACCAAAUGUAGCAACUUAGAAAAUUGUGAUUGACUUACGUAAGUUUUGUAAUGUUUUGUUGGCAGGGCUCCCUGUGCGAAGGAAUCGACUUUGAUGACCCUGACGAAACGAGCGGCUGCGUGCGCUUCUGAGUGAAGACGAUUAAAAAACGUCCAAGUGUGAAAUUUACUUUAUUCAAUUUACAUAGCACAAUCACUUUGAAAAAUACAAAGUCCGCCAUGUGACAUUUUCAUCCAGUAUUCAACCUACUAAGGUAUGCCCCUGAAUGUAAUAAAAAUAUUCAGCAUUUAGAAAAAGGUGUACUGUACAUGUUAAUUUGUUACGAAAGUAUAUAGUUGUUCAAGCAUGCUUUGUCUAAAUUAUAUUCAAUUAGUAUCAUUUAUUUAAUAGAAAAAUGCUUUGUUCAUCUUUUUUCUUCAGGUAUCAGUUAUCUUUGUAUGAUGACAGUUCAUCAUUGAAUGAAAGGAUAAUUGUUUGGUGCCAAGGAUUGUCACGUUUUGCUCAUGAAAGAGAUUCAAUUUGAAAAUACUGAAAUGAGUUUGUAUUGAGUUUAUAUUAUCUGAUUGUGUUUGCACAAAUUGUUGGUCAUAUAUCAAAGUGCAAUUAAAUACCAAACUUAAUUCUGG